AUGCACUAUAGCUUAUAUUAUUAUGCAUUUGUUUUAAUAUUGGGAUGCCACUUAGUUGAAGGAAAUCAAAGAAUUUUAGCAGAGUCCACUCCUUCUAGUACGAAAUGGCAAUUUGAUUAAUUUUCUACACAGGUGGAAUAGAAUAUGUAAACAGUUGUCUUUCCAAAUAAAUAAUUAUUAUUUGUGUAGAGCCUCGUGGAUGAAGAUGAAAAGAAAUCCAUCAUUUUAUAAAAAUAUGAGAGAGAUGAAACAAAAAUUGGAAAUGAACUAAAAUUUGGUGAUUUAAAUACAGAAUGUAUGAGGCCUAAGGUAACGUUAAUAAGCAAUAUUGGGUUUGCUUUAAGUUGGAUCGAAAAAAAGAUAGAGACAACCAAAUUAUAUAUUUAAAUCUUAAAUUUUGAUUUAAAUCCAAUCACUUAAAAACAAGAAAUAAAUGAUAUUCAUUUAGAAGUUCAUUGGGAUUUUGUAUCAGAAUUUCAUUAUAUAUAUUAUAUUAAUGAAACUAAGUUAUUAAUUCUGUACAAAGGUCCUAAUAAAACAAAAAUAUGGCAUGGAACCAUUUAUGACUACUAAGAUAAUACUAGAACAUCUGAUGUUAAUUUGAUCUUUUCUAAGUAAGUGUCUAUUGCUGUAAAUUAAUUAUUAGUUAUUGUUUUAAUACAAAAGAUAGAAGAUACUUAUAGUAAUUAAGUUACUAUUUUAAAUUAAGAUGGAUAAAUUUAAAGAACAUUUAAAUUAUAUUAAUAUUAUUAUGAUAUUUAAAGCUUUUAACCAAAAAUUACAGCACUUUCAAAUAAUAAUUUUGUGGUUGUUUAACCUUAUUAUGAUUGGAUAGCACUUUAUGUAUACGAUAAUAGAUUUUAAGCCAUCAUUAAUAAUAAUUUGAACAACUAUUAUUAUUAUGGAUCACCUGACAAACCUCCUGCUACUGCUUAUCCUUCUUGGGAAUAUUAUGGCUAUUUUAGAAGUGGAUUGAUUUAAUUAUAGGCUUUGGAAGAUUCAUUUGUUAUUGUAGGCGUGGAUACUUAUNUAAGCAAUAUUUCUUAAUCUAUAAUUAAUGAACCUCCAUAAAGAGCUAAUCUUUUAAUAGAAUAUUUUAUGAUGAAAUCAAGUUUUUGA